GUUUUGAUGUGCGGCGUGAAGCAGCCGGGCAAAGGCUUCACAUAGCAGAACUUUUUGGCAUUCCCAAGCAGAAAGAGGCCUUCCCAAGCAGAAAGAGGCCUGGAGUUGAGCAAAGUCGUGAUGUUGCAUGCGUAGGUUCGUGUGCAAAAGACCAAUUCAAACUUGUCGCCAUAUAGCGCUGAAUUCUAGGCUAUCUUCAUAGCACUAAAGAAGACCCCCGUGUUUGUUGACAAGUGAAAUUGAAAAAAUGGCAUUCGUCAAACAAGUGCUAUAUAAUGAAGGUGUGGAGCCAAAGACUUGACCGGCCAUUGAAUAUAAUCAAGAAGCGGAAAUCGAUAAUUGCCCUUACGCUCUUUGUUUUCUGUAUCAUAUACAUGAAAAUUUAUUAUGUGUUUUCUAAGAACCAACUACAAAACUUUGAAUUCCUGGAGUCACGGAAAUGCCCUGCGUGCUAUGGCACAAGUCUCUGCGGUAGCUUCCAGCGCGGUGAACUUGAUCUUGAAUCAUUCUAUAAAUUCCGGCUACUCGAUGUUGUUAAUGUUAAGAACGUUUUCUUCGGCCGACACCAGGAGAAGUCAGUUGUGUUUAAAAAACUUGGUCAUAACACGGAACUGAAGAAACUAGAUGAGAAGAUCUGUAAAAAAGCCAAUUUAGAACCUAGUUGUGAUCUUUCCCGUGUUAUUUUCCAAACAGACCUUACAAAUGCCAUCAAGGAUGGGAAGAUCCAUGUUGAUGCAGUCAAGGGGUUGUCUGACAUUGUUCGUUGCCCUUCUCAACGAUUGCUUGAUAGAAUCUGGUCACGUUACCAGGAGCGAUCAUGGAUUGGUGGAGUAAAGCAUCACCAACAACUUAACCUUAUAACAACAUUACUUUUCAAUCCUGAGCCUCUUAUUUUACAGACUUUCCCAAAAACGGAAGGAUGGCCAUUUCCCGAAUAUGAAGGUGCUUGUGGGAGAUUCAUUGUUGAGGAAAACAUCGGACCCUCGUUAGGUACGUUCUUUCACCAUCCUUGGGAGGAACGUGUUAAGCUAGCUUAUCAACUGACUGAAUUGUGUGAACGUUUGACAAACAACAACGAUGACUAUGCCCUGUAUUUAACUGAUGUAACAUAUGACAAUUUUGCAGUGGCAGCAGAUGGAAGUGUGUAUGUUAUAGAUGCCGAAAAUAUUGUCGUAGUGGAUAAGAAAAAGAUUAGAAAUGAUAAACCAGCAGACUGGGACGUUGCACUGGAGGCAAUCAAUGAUGACUGCAAAGGUGUAAACUCUGACUGCUUGAUGUUCUCUCCCGAUCUGCUAUGUAGCAGGCUACAGGCUGAUCACAAUUACUUUGCACUCUGUCAUGCUAUUCUUGGUCCUGAAGCCACGCACUCACUUAUGUAUGGUGGACUUUUGCACGACAUUCCAGGAACAGUCCUCGAGAAACAACAGCUGCUUCAUUUAUUGGCAGAGUGCCAGCAACCAAAAGAGCGCUACGGCCGUUUCAAAGCUUUCCCUGCACUCAUGGCACUUCUCAAGAAAUUAGCUGAAGAAAGCAGGUAAUGGAAGGUGUUAUGGGUGAUAUUAAAGCUGAAAUUGAUGCUGAAUGAGUGGCUCUUGGGGCCUUUGCAGAAAUAUACAGUACCGGUAUUAGCGACAGAGGGAGUUAAAAAUAGCAACAUUGAUAAACUGUGUCAUAGUUGCUGAUGUAACAGGGUUCCAGUGUAUGCCCAUCACAUGAAAACUGUAUUCAGCAAAGAUAAAAAUUGCUUUUUUUUUCCCAACUCAACUAGUUUGGAUGAAGACAUUUGUGGGGAGCAUAGGCACGGACAGUUUGAACCGUCAACCUUGAUGUUGGGCGUUUGAGUUUCUCGGUGUCCAAGGCAUGUUAUCCACAUUUUCUCUCUAAUCAAGUGCAUAAAGUGGGUACCUGAGAGUAUCUAAUACAAAGUGCUGAUUGUACCUUCGUAUGGAAUUGUGCUCCUCAGGGAGCUAAAGACAUGUUCCAUAGUCGUUGGAUCCAAUGACUGGAGUUAUUAAUAAUAGAGUGCAUAGAGGUCAUAGUUUAUUGGAAUAUGCCCUAUAUGGGGCAUUAUUAGGGAGCUUUUGAUUGCUUGAUGACGGUAGGACGUCACUAACAAUCAUCUGCGCAUGCGAGAAAUGUUAAGUUCUCCUCGUGUUGAUUCUAGGAUUCAAUUUGGCCAAAUCUAUGUAUGCAGAGAACGUAUCACGUCCGGUAGGUCCGUCACGCAUGAGUGAUUCUGCUCUAGCGUCACCUUGUUGAACAAAUGAAAAGCUCCCUACUAUUAAUGUGAUGAGUAAAUAACCAAAAUACACUUAUUCAAGCAUACAUGAGCCUUCAGGUGUCUUCUGAAGAAGCAGUUAUGCAAGAAAAGGGAAAUCUAUAUUAACUGUAUAGUUUACUUGCAAAGUUCUGCAAUGAUGGUCUAUAGAGGGAGACUCUACUAUUUAUAAUAUAAUAUAGUCUACUUAGAUAUACUAAUAUAUAAUUAUGCAUAUACAGAUCCGCUGAGCGGUGUCCGUUUAGUACGAGAAUGUGUAAAAAAUCAUCAAACACGGUCAAAAAUGCCUGAGAGGACAGGGACUUCUUCCCCUACCCCACCGUGGCUCUACACAACCCCAGGGUAGUAAGGUCCUGGGGCCCCAAACCUUUUUGUUACGCCACUUAUUCAGCCUACUAUCUGAAACACUAGAGGGGCAUCUGUGAAACAGAACCAGGGACCUAAACAUCCCCACCUACGCAACGAAGGUCAAAUAUAGAUUGAUCAGUGGCGGAUCCAGGAAUUUGAAAUAAAGUUGGCCCAGGGAUGAACUUUCACAUAGUCUGGCCCACCUCAGCUCUACCAUGGUUGGGGCCGAGGUAAAAAAAAUUAUGAUUAUGGCACGUCUAGAUGGCCUGAAUGGCACUCUCAGAUUUAAACUUGAUUAUGAUUUGGCCUUUUUUCUCCAUUUCUUUUUAUAAUUUUGAAAAAUUUAGGGGACCCAGGCUGGCUUUCCCCUCCCUUCCCCCCACCAUUGAAUCCAACACUGCUGAUCUAAUAACAAUUUGUUGACACUUGUGGGUUUCCUAAAUUCUAAUAGAGUACAGUGUAAAGUGUUCUAUUUUCCCUAUGAUCUAAUGGUACUCAGAGUUUAUUGUAACACACACCAUGAUGGAGAAGCCUGGAUGUGGGUUGCCAGGUUUAUAUCACAUAUAUCUCACUACAUGUUUUCUUUGCUUUUACUAAGGCUUCUUGCAAGGUUUGUGUUUUGCUUUCUUUUUGUAGUGAACUUGCUCUUCACCUCAAUUUGCCAUUAGCAGCUGCAGACUUCAUUUACUCUCAGGGUUUCAGCUGGUGUCUCUGCAGUUGCACUCAAUCUUCUCUUUAAAUACUUAUUCUCUUGAUGCAGUGUCUUUCCAUCCUAAGACUAACCUAUCUCUGAUCUUCUCUUCUUCUAGCAUUUCAAACUUGGAAGUGACUGCCAAGUGGCACUGACGAAUCGACAAAUUACUUUAUCGAUUCCUCUUGUUGCUGUGUUGCCGAAUGGAACUGAACCCUUCCAUAUAGUGCAUUGUGUUUAAUCACAAGUGCUUCUUCUAGUGCAGUUUUAAUUUAGUUUGUGUCUGCCAUCUGCUCUGCUAAAAGUUCUUCUAAUUAACUUUCUGUAGCCCUUUACAGUUCAUCGGCAAAGGAGCUGGUAUCAUGCAUGAAUCUGUAUCUCUAUUUUUGUUUGUAUUCAUUUUCUUUUUUAUUAUUAUUUUUUUAAAAUAAAAGAAUGCACACACUAGUACUUGCCAAACUAGUUCCAGUAGAAAUACUUUUUUUCCUCAUGAAUGAAAACAACAUUACUUUAAGGAGUAAGAAAAUAAGGGGAAAUAACCCUUGGUAUUUGUAAAACAUCAUGCAUUAUAUCUUAUUACCACCCUGACCUUCCUGUUACAUUUAUAAAUAGUUCUAAAUAAACAAAAAAAGUAAUAGAAAUAAUAAUAUUGAUUGUUAAUCGGGUUCAGGAAACAAACUUUAAGAAAUGUCGAUUAUUAUGCUAUAUAUAACAAAUAUAAUGUCAACUAGUACCUAUAAUAAAUAAAUAACUCUAAUUAUUUUAAUAAUAACACUCAUAUUAAAGUAAUUAGAUUGUAUUGCAUCAUGUGUUUUACAUAGGCCUACUGUACCUGACUUGUUGCAAUGAUAAUUGUAUUAAUUUAAUGUGAAAUUGGUGUAAUGUUAUGUUAUAUGUACUCUAUUAAUUAUAAGCUGCAACUUUAUUAAAAAUGGAAUAUAAUAUUUCUAGUGAUGCUACUAAAAGGAACAGGGUUUGCUAAUUAUUUAAAAAUGGUUUUCAUUAGGUUAUUUACAGUAUAACUUUUUAUUUCUAUUUAUCUUUUUUAAGAAAAUUAGUGAUGUCGAGAGCAGUUCGUACAAUACAGGAGAAAAUAAUAUUAUAUAAUGUACCGUAUAAAUUCUGUCUAACACUUUGAGUGGUGAAGCACUCGGUUUUAGUGUAAUAUGGAGACAUAAAAUAUUUUUAAAAUAAUGUCUUUAAAUGAAGAGGAAAUAAAUAAUACAAUGAUUUUAAAUAAAUACAUGAUAUUGGAAAUAUGA